CAUUUGCCUUUGGACCGAAGGUUUCUUCUCUCCCGUUCCCGUAGCCUCUCUCCAUCUCUCGCUCUCUUUCUCCUCGGUUUAAAGCUUCCUCGAGUCGCCUCCUCCGAAUCCCCACAGCCCAGGCCAAAGGCAGCCUGAGCCAGGGUGGGGAGCUUCCUCUCCUCGUCUUCCUCCUCAUCCUCCUGAUCCCGGAAGGACCCCAGGAUUACAAGUACUUCAUGUCAAUGACCAAUCUAAGGAGGCGACUCCAUCAUGGAGAUGUCGAUGGAAGGAAGAAUGAGCAUGUUGACAUAUCCAGCGUAGAUUCCCUUAAUGAACCUUUACUAGGGAAAUCUAGCUCUGAUACUGGUGGAUCAGAGGUAUAUGAUCCCAGAAGGCAAGACUUAUGGGAUGAUGAUAGAAAGAAGGAACAGCUACACUGGUCAUUUCUUUUCUCAAAUUUGAUUGCGCAAUGGGCACAAUGGUUAGCAAAUAUUAUUGUUGGCUCUGGAUCACUAUUUGGUAGAUUGUUUCCCUUUUCGUUGGACAACCAGAACAGCAGUCCAGUGUAUCUUAGUCCUUUGCAGGAAGAUAGACUGAAUACUUUAAGGUCUAGAUUGCAAAUCCCUUUCGAUGGCUCCCGUGUUGAACACCAAGAUGCUUUGAGACAACUUUGGAGGUUAGCAUACCCCAACCGUGACAUUCCUCCACUGAAAUCAGAACUAUGGAAGGAGAUGGGUUGGCAAGGCACUGAUCCAUCAACUGACUUCAGGGGUGGAGGAUUCAUAUCAUUGGAGAACCUCAUAUUUUUCGCUAGGAACUAUCCUGGUUCCUUUCAGGCGCUUCUGAACAAAGUACAAGGGCAGAGAGCAGACUGGGAGUACCCUUUUGCGGUUGCUGGGAUCAACAUUUCAUUUAUGCUGAUCCAAAUGCUGGAUCUACAGUCAAGUGUUCCAUCUUCAAAGUCAGGAGUUCGUUUUGUUGAACUGCUUGGACGAGAUGAGAAUGCAUUUGAUCACCUCUACUGCAUAGCCUUUCGGCUUCUCGAUGCUCAGUGGCUUGUGAAACGUGCUUCUUACAUGGAGUUCAAUGAGGUAUUGAAAUCUACAAGAACUCAGUUGGAGCGUGAACUAGUACUAGAGGAUGUAUUGGAGGUGAAGGACCUGCCGUCUUACACAAUGCUGGACAAAUAAUCCAAAUAAGUAAGGGACUGUAUGUGGCAUUCAAGUGAAAAAAGUUAUCCGGAUCUGCAACUGAUUUAUGUUGGCGGGGCCUUUUGUUGUCUGACCAUCUGAGUGCAUAUUUAUCUUUUCCUUGUUCAAGAGAAAAAUUCAGGCCUGUGUACAUAGUGUUCAUUUUCUGUAACUUAUGACUCGCCAUUUCAAGGCAAUAAUAAGCAUCAAGUUGAUCACACUAUGUAGUA